GGCAUUGACACGGACAACCGCGAGACAACCAACAACAGCAGCGUUCGUCACCAACAACGGCAUCGCGGCAAUCGGCUGACUGUCUGCUAUCUGCUACUCCUGUUGACGACACUCGACCAACGCCGCGGGCAGGCUGUCACAGCGUAGUGUCUCCGGCAAAGAGGCCCUUGCGUUACAAAGUGCAGCCGAGACAACUCCCUACCCAAACCUCCCCUGCGGUGCGGAUCGUCACCGUAGAUCUCUUGCUACUGGAAUUGUCAAUUAAACCACCAGUGUUGCCCGUACGCCCAACGCGCCGACCCUCUGCUCGUGUGCCUCCUUGUCACCCACCCCGUUGUCGCCCGCCCACCGUCUCCUAGCCAAGAGGCAGGCGCAGAACCCGUAGCAGUAGUAGCAGAAGCAGCACCACCACUCGAACCCUUUGCGCAUCUUCAAUCCCACAACAUGGCGGAAGAGGAGCAGCAGCCCAAGCGGGUUUCGCGCCCUCGUCCCGAAUCCACCAUUGCGCAGAACUUCGCUGCCGACCUGGACUCGAUGUUUGGCUUAGGGGAAGUCGACGACUUGUCAAGGACGAUUGAGGAAAAGAAAUACACAGUCAGCUCGGGACAGCAGCAAUUGCAAGAGCUCGAAGCCCGACUUCGCGAGACCGAACAGCGCUUGGCCAAGGUGUCGCGACAAAGCUCGCCAGCACCUCGAGGCGACAAUGCCGAUUCAAAGCCCUACACGAACGGCAAUCACACUUCGGAGGGGGCAGCGACGAGACCCAGCCCAUUGGCACAGAAACCCACGUAUCCAGCCGAUCGGCCGCCGACCGCUGACCGCCCUCCAUCAAAGCGAGCAGAUACGGACAAACUGGCUGCGAGCAUUCCCGGAGCUCUGCCACAAUCGCCAUCACCACACUACCACAGCAACAACGAUUAUAUCAUGGUGGACCGCAAUGGAGCUCAAGCCCAGAGGGGAUACGGUUGAAUGAAAGACGAGAAAUGGCUGGAGAGGUGGCACCGCUAUGGAGACUGCAGUUCAGGCGUAUGGACCGGCUGUGAGAAGGUAUGGAAACCGUUCUUUUCAGCUCAUUUUUUGGAGUUGCAAUUGUCACUUAGUUGCUGCGAUAAGCAUUGCCAGACCACGGCGUUCUUUGCGUACAGUACUGCUUCUGCUCACGACGUCACCGUGCGUGCCACCAGACCGACAACAUCCUUGCACAAUAUAAGCACAGAGCUAAGGAGUCUGCUGCAUGGACGUUGGAGCAAUAUUG